AUGACGGAGACCAAGAACUUGUUGCAAGACGAGCAGUUUCUUAAGAUCCAGAAGCUCAAUUCCGCAGAACCCAACAAACGGCAUUCGGUCACGUACGAUAAUGUGAUCCUGCCACAGGAGUCGGUGGAGGUUUCUCCACGGUCUUCCAGUACGUCGCUGGCAGAGCCAGCGACUAAGCCGGAAGAGGGUGUGGCAGGGGAGCAGGAACAGGAGGAGUAUCCUGUGGAUGCUCGCAUGCAAAAGUAUCUUUCGCACCUGGAGAGCAAGUCCCGGUCCAGGUUCCACCGCAAGGACGCCAGCAAGUAUGUGUCGUUCUUUGGGGACGUGAGCUUUGACCCACGGCCCACGCUCCUGGACAGCGCCAUCAAUGUGCCUUUCCAGACCACUUUCAAGGGCCCAGUGCUGGAGAAACAGCUUAAGGACUUACAGCAGACGAAGAAGACGGGCACGGGAACUGGAACGGCCACUGGCACGGCCAUGGCCAGCAAGAAGACGGGCAAGGCGGAUGCUGCCCCUGGACAAAAACUGGAAUCGAACUUCUCAGGAAUCUACGUGUUCGCAUGGAUGUUCCUGGGCUGGAUUGCCAUGCGUUGCUGCACGGAUUACUACGCAUCGCAUGGGAGUGCAUGGGGCAAGCUGGAAAUUGUGCAGUACAUGACGACGGAUCUCUUCACGAUCGCAAUGGUGGACUUGGGGAUGUUCGUGUGCACUUUCUUCGUGGUGUUCGUGCACUGGCUGGUGAAGAAGCGGAUUAUCAGUUGGAAAUGGACCGGGUUCGUCGCAGUGAGCGCUUUCGAAUUGACGUUCAUUCCGUUGACUUUCCCCGUCUACGUCUACUACUUUGAGUUCAACUGGAUCACUAGGAUCUUCCUGUUUCUGCACUCGGUGGUGUUUUUGAUGAAGAGCCACUCGUUUGCCUUUUACAACGGGUAUCUUUGGGACAGAAAGCAGGAGCUCGAGUUCUCCUCCAAGCAACUGCAGAAAUAUAAAGAGACGCUGUCCCCCGAUACUCGGAAGAUCCUGCAGAAAAGCUGUGAUUUCUGCCUUUUUGAGUUGAACUACCAAACCAAGGACAAUGACUUCCCGAACAACAUCACUUGCAGCAAUUUCUUCAUGUUCUGCCUGUUCCCCGUCCUUGUGUACCAGAUCAACUACCCAAGAACUUCGCGCAUAAGAUGGAGAUACGUGCUGGAGAAGGUCUGUGCCAUCGUUGGCACCAUCUUCCUCAUGAUGGUCACUGCGCAAUUCUUCAUGCACCCGGUGGCGAUGCGCUGCAUCGACUUCCGCAACACGCCCACUUUUGGCGGUUGGAUCCCAGCCACCAUGAGGUGGUUCCACCUGCUCUUCGACAUGAUUCCGGGCUUCACUGUUCUUUACAUGCUCACCUUCUACAUGAUUUGGGACGCUCUACUGAAUUGCGUCGCCGAACUGACCAGGUUCGCCGACAGAUAUUUCUACGGUGACUGGUGGAACUGCGUUUCCUUUGACGAGUUCAGCAGAAUCUGGAACGUACCAGUCCACAAGUUUUUACUAAGACACGUCUACCACAGCUCCAUGGGUGCCCUGAACCUCAGCAAGAGCCAAGCAACCCUGUUCACGUUUUUCUUAAGUGCCGUGUUCCACGAAAUGGCCAUGUUCGCCAUUUUCAAGAGGGUCAGGGGAUACCUGUUUCUGUUCCAACUCUCGCAGUUUGUGUGGACUGCAUUAAGUAACACCAAGUUCCUACGAGCAAGACCGCAAUUAUCCAAUGUUGUCUUUUCCUUUGGUGUAUGUUCAGGACCCAGCAUCAUCAUGACGUUGUACCUGACUUUGUGA